AUGACGAUUAGUCAAAUAACAAAACAAAAGAACACGAGAGCCAAUAAUCAGAAAGGACCGGGUCUCCCACCAUCCUCAGCUUGCUACGAGUACUUCCAAGUCGACGACCAGAACUCCGUAGGCAUCAGCGAAAAUGUCUACGUGACGAAAUCCGACAUACCCGAGACCAUAGGCGUGGGGGACCUGCUGUACACGCUCAGCUGGGAAAGUGGCGGCGCCCCCGGUACGCCUGACAAUCCGACCUUCACGGAGUACUUCGAAUUCGAUGCGAGUGAGACGGAUAAGUGGAAAGUGAAGAUCAAGAAGUCGCUGGAAGGCCUACCAGACUACCCCGACAGCACGGACGAGAUGAUCACGAACAUCCAGUUUACCGGAUUCCCAGAUACGUGCAAUGUCCAGAUCACACACAACUUGAAGGACGAGAACACAGCCUCCCCGCAGUUCGACUCCCCCUCCUACGCCGUCAGCAUCAGGGAGGACUAUCCGGUCGAGUUGGACAUCGGCGAUCUGCAGAUAAAAGUGAGCGACUUCGACAAAGAUUCCCCGAACAACCAGUUUGCCGUGACGGUGGAGGGCAGCCCUUGUCCUCUGAGGGCCUCGCAAGAUAAAUACACCAGCGUCGAAGGAGCUCUGACCCUCGUCUCACUGUGGCUGACCAGUGAGUUAGAUUAUGAGGAACAGCAGCAGCUCACGUGUACACUCAAAGCUCAGGACUUGGGCGCACCAUCUCUUACGGCCACUGCUGAUCUUACGGUCAACGUAGAGAAUCGCCAAGACGAACCUCCAGUAUUUGGUCACAAGUUCUACUACUCCACCCUUGAGAGCUCUAUGGUCGGGGAGGUCCUCGAUGUCAAACCAGAGGCGAUUCGAGCAGAAAAUGUCGAAGGCACUGGUGUAACUUACUCCAUGGAGAACGCGCGCAGUGACGUUAACGGCUUGGAGUACUUCGCCAUCGACAGCAGCAGCGGGACGGUCAGUGUGACGAAGGAUAUCGACAACAGCUUCCUAGAAAAUGAAAGAGUCAGUUUCAUCCUGAAGGCUGAAGCCACGACCGGCGGCGGCGGCGCAGAUUUUUCUGCGCUGGAGGUGACCUUGCCGCCCGUACCGACCACCACCCCGCCGCCCACUACCACCCCCACCACGACCACACCGCCGCCCACCACAACCCCCACCAUGGCGACGUGCCCCGCCUGCACGUGCCCAACUCUCGAGACCACCACGCCCUGGCCAACCACCUCGCCGGCCACGUGCCCGCCCUGUGAGCCCAGCACCACCGAGGCGGCGACGUGUACGCCGUGCCCCACCAGCACCCCUUGCCCGACCUUGCCCACGGGUGAGUCGACCGUCGCUGCCACGGAGUGCCCUACCUGUGCCCCGCCAACACUCUCUAGCUGGCUGUCCACCCUUGCCAGCGCCGCCUCAUGCCCACCCUGCCCUUCCACCGCCGCGACAGGUACUACCACCACCCCUCAUGAUACCGAGCCUCCCUACACAUCAGAUGCUGCCUCGUGCCCACCCUGCCCUACCACAGCCAUGCCAGGCACAACCACCACUCCUACAACUUGCCCAACAACAUGCCCCGAAUGCCCUACCACUUGCCCUCCAACGGAAGGACCGACAACAUGCCCCGAAUGCCCCACGACCUACCCCCCCACAGACACUCCUACAACAUGCCCCGAAUGCCCCACGACCUACCCCCCCACAGACACUCCUACAACAUGCCCUGAAUGCCCCACGACUUGCCCUUCCACAGAAACUCCUACAACAUGCCCCGAAUGCCCCACGACUUGCCCUUCUACAGAAACUCCUACAACAUGCCCUGAAUGCCCCACGACCUACCCCUCCACAGAAACUCCUACAACAUGCCCUGAAUGCCCCACAACUUGCCCUUCCACAGAAACCCCUGCAACGUGCCCUGAAUGCCCCACGACCUGCCCUUCCACAGAAACCCCUGCAACGUGCCCCGAAUGCCCCACGACCUGCCCCCCCACAGAAACUCCAACAACCUGCCCUGACUGCCCAACGAGCUGUCCUGAGUGCCCGACAUCUUGCCCAUCCACAGAGACCCCCACCACUUGCCCAUCUGUCACUUGUCCCUCGACCGACCAACCUCCAGGCCCCACGCUGACCUUCAAGAAAGCCUCGUAUGCAGGAGAAAUUUUCGCCACGACUUCCCGCGUCUGGACGGUCGGGGUCGUUGAAGAAAACGCGGACGUGACGUUUUCCUGGGAGGGAGGCGAGGACGAGAACUUCGCGAUCGACCCCACGACCGGCGAGAUCAGCUCCAGGAAACCCGAACUCGAGAUCAAGGAGUACACGCUCACCGCCGUGGCCACAGCAGGAGAACUCAGCGACACGGCGCAGGUCAUCAUCAAGGUCAUCGAGCCUUUAGACACGGAGGUGAUGAUCAGGAACAACCUGCUCCUGGUGGAGGCGGAGGAGGGCGUCGAGCAGGAGCUCGCGGAGGUCGAGACCGUGGGCGACGUCGCCAAGAUCUGCGUGACCGACGUGACGGUGCCGGCUGCGGAGGGUUUCUUCUCGGUCGAGCUGGUGAACGGCGCGUGGAAGCUGAAGGCGAAAUCCACGCUGGACUACGAGGUAACCAAAGAGAUCUCCUUCAAGCUCAAGGCCCAGAAGGAUGGCAACGGCGACUGCUCCUCCAGCGGUUUCAGCGACCAGCUCCUCAGGUAGCGUAGAGCGCGGCGCGGCGAGAGCAGGGCGCAGGUGCAGCGCGGGCCCGCGACCCACACAUGUUGCGGGCGCGGAGCUUGGGAGACGAGUUGGGGCGAUGCUUUAUUUCAGAUACUCUUCUUUGUAUUUUGAGAUGGAAGAUGUGAAAUAAGGAACUUCACGGAGCAACAGGAAGAGAUGAAAAUGAUAGAUGAUGGCUAACUGG